AUGAAGUGGUUAUUACUUCCGGUCACACGCAUAGCAAAUAUCCGCCCUAGAUUUGUAUCUCCGUGUAUAAGAUCCGUUUCACAGUACUUACGACGUCGAACCCUCCAAAAUUCGCCCGCAAUGGCACAAACACCCGAACUUAAGACCAAGCUGUUCAAGCCCCUGGUCUGGAUCGAUUGCGAAAUGACCGGCCUGGACCACGUGAACGACCGGAUCAUCGAAAUCUGCUGCAUUAUCACCGAUGGUCAUUUAACGCCCGUGCAGGCGCCAGAUGGCCAAGCGGAGUCGCACUACGAGAGUGUUGUCCACUAUGGUCCUGAGGUGAUGGGCAAAAUGAACCAGUGGUGUGUCGAGCACCACGGCGAUAGCGGUCUCACAGCCAAAGUCUUGGCGAGCGAGAAGACCCUGGCCCAGGUAGAAGAAGAGCUGCUCGCCUACAUCCAGCGCUACAUUCCAGACAAGAACAUCGGUGUUUUGGCCGGCAACAGUGUGCACAUGGACCGUCUGUUCAUGGUCCGCGAGUUCCCCAAGGUCAUCGACCAUCUUUUCUACCGAAUUGUCGACGUUAGUAGCAUCAUGGAAGUCGCCCGCAGACACAACCCGGCCUUGCAAGCACGCAACCCCAAGAAAGAAGCUGCCCAUACAGCUUACAGCGACAUCAAAGAGAGUAUAGCUCAGUUACAGUGGUAUAUGGAUAACUAUCUGAAGCCACCACAGGAGACAGAGUCCCACGAGUCAACUGCGUCGCAGCAACCAGAGUCAACGUCUUCGUCAACCUCUUCUCUAAAGAGGCCACGCACCGAUUUUUGA